AUGGAUGAAAAGAAUAAUCCAGAUGAUGAAAAAAAAAGUGAAAUUAUAAAAAAAGCAAAUAAUGAUAUAGAUAAAAAAAAUGAAGAAAUAAAUGAAGAGUACAAUAAAAGCUCAAAUAUAUGCAUCAUAAAUUCAUAUAAUAAUGAAACACAUAUUAUGAAGAAUGAAGAAAAUGAUAAAUAUGAAAAUAUAAUAAAAUAUAAUAUAAAGGACAUACCAUUGAGACAAAAUAAUUAUUAUAUUGAUAAAAAUAUAAAACUUAACAACAUAUGUAAUGAUAUAAUAAUUAAUAAUGUUGAUGUAUCUGAAUAUAUACCUAAAAAUGACACAUCGAAUGUUAAUAUGAAUCAUUUAUCUUUCUCAAUAAAUACAAAAAAAAAUGAUAAUAUAAAUAAUAAUGAUAGUUGUUAUAAUUAUAAAACAGGUGAUAAAUAUAGGUGGUCACUAGAUAGAAAUAAUAAAAAUUAUUGUAAACAAAAUUGUAAUAUUUUAAAUAUUUCUAAAGAGAAUAUAAAUGAAAAAUAUGAUGUAAAUAAGAAUGAUUAUAUAUCCCUUGUCAAACAUAAGAAGGAGGAAAAGAUAAAAAAUAAUGUGAAUACACAAAAUGAUUAUGAAUUUUUAUACAAUAUGGAUAAUAUAAAAUUAACAGGAACAUCUGUUAUAUUAACAAAUGAAAAUUCAAAAUAUAUUUAUAAGUUAAUUCCUUUUUUUAAAAAUGGAGAAGCACAAUUUUAUACAAAAGUGUCUGAAGCAUACAAUGAUAUAUAUAAAAAGGAAAAAAAAAAAACACCUUUAGAGGAUGUUGAAAUGGAUAAUAAUAAAAAUAAAAAUAUUCAUAAUAUUGAUAAUAAUAAUAAUAAUAAUAUAUAUUAUAAUUGCAAUUAUUAUAAUUUGUGUGAAUAUGCAGAUAUGCUUUUUACAAUGGAUUAUAUAUAUAACCUUUUUCUUGAAACACAAAAAAAAUGUAUAGAAGAUAAUAGUGGCAAAAAUAUUUUUUUCUCUUUAUUUAAUAAGAGAAAUAAUAUAUCCAUUGUAUAUAAUAAAAUAAACAAUCCAUCGAAUAUUGGAUUAGAUGUAUGUAAUACAUAUGAAGAGUUUAAUAAAUUAUCAUUUGAAGAAAAGUAUUAUCAUACAAUUUUGUGUGAACCUAUAAAAAAAUUAUAUAUAUCAGAAAAAAAACACAUAAAUAUUUAUAAUAUAUUAAAUGAAAAUAAUUAUAAUUUAAAAAAAUGUGAUGAAUUAUCAUCAUGUAAUUAUAAAACAGUGAGUGCAGUUAAGAGUUGUCAAAAUAUAUUUUAUCAAAAAUUCAUAUUAUCUCUUCUAGUUAAAUAUAAAUUAAUUCCUCAAUAUUUUGAUUUGGUUCAGGUAGCUAAAUGUAUACAAAAUGAAAAAAAUAAAAUAAAUGUAAAAGAAGAUAUAGAUAUUAAAAUGUGUACAAAUGUACAACCAAUUAAUCAAAUUAAACAAACAAUGGAUAAGACAAAUAAUAAAGAUAAUAUAAAUAAUAAAGAUAAUAUAAAUAAUAAAGAUAAUAUAAAUAAUAAAGAUAAUAUAAAUAAUAAAGAUAAUAUAAAUAAUAAAGAUAAUAUAAAUAAUAAAGAUAAUAUAAAUAAUAAAGAUAAUAAAGAUAAUAUAAAUAAUAAAGAUAAUAUAUAUAAUACAAAUCACCAACAUAAUGAUGUAUUUAUUAAACUUGAAAAAAAUAGUAUAACUAAAAAUAAUCCUUAUGAAGAUAUUCAUUCGAUGAACAAAAAUGAUUAUAAUAAAAAUAAAUGCAUAUCAAAUAAUGAUCAGGAAAUAUGGAAAGUGUACAAUGAAAAAUGUAAAAAUAAUCGUGAUGUUAAUAUUCAUUCAUCUCUUAAGUUAGAGAAAUUAUGCCAUAAUAUUAAAUCUUCUAAUCAACAAAUAAUAGAUUUAAAACUUGGUUAUAAUACAGUAAUUGAUAAUGAUCUAACAUUUAAUAAAGAUUUAUUAAAUGAUAGUCAUUCUGUAAAUUGGAAUUUAAAAGAAUAUUAUGUAGAUAAAUGGUCCCAAAUGAAAAAAGAUAUAAGAAAGAAAUUUACAACUACCAAUAUGAGUGAUCAACAUAUUAUAGAUUUGUGUUCAAAAGAUUUAAAUUUACCAACAUGUUUUGAUAAAUAUAAUAAUAAGGAUAUUUAUGCCUUAUUAAAAUCCUGGAGACAAAGUGUUACAUCUUUUAAAUCAACACAAAGAAAUUUAGGAUUUAGAAUAUGUACAUUAAUACAACAUAUAAAUUAUUCAGACCUAUUAAAUGAUGAUCAAGUAAAAAUACAGUAUUCACAAUUUGCACAAAAUAAUUGUUUAUUCGAAAAAAAUAAUAUAUUAAAUACUCAAACAAAUACAUUGAAAAAAUAUUCAGAAUUAAACAAAAUAGAAAUAAAAGAUUGUUAUGAUCAUGUAACGAAAAAAUUAAAAAUUAAUAGACACCUUGGUUUUUCUUUACGUGAAGAUCAAGUUAUAUAUUUCUUAUCAAUUUUUUUAAAAAAAAUUGUACAUUUAAUUUUACCACAAUUAUUAAAUUUAAAAAUAUGGUUAGAACAACAAUCUUUAUAUUCUUUUUGUUCAACAUCAUUAUUAAUAAUAUAUGAUAAAAACAAACCAUCAUUCUGUGAUAUUAAAUGGAUUGAUUUUACAUAUUCUUUAGAAAACAAGUCCAAUUGGAAGCUAUACCCUUUAAAUAAUACAAAACUUAAUAUGGACAUUAUUUAUGGAUUAAAUAAUUUAAUUAAAUUGUGUAGAACUAUAUUUUUUAGUAAUAUUCUACCCCAAACUCUUAAAAAUAAUGGAAAAAGUAAAAACGAAGAAUGA